AAAUUUCACAUAUACCCUCAUGAGAUCAGUCGCCGGACAACAUUCUCCGUACAUCAGAUAAAACACACUUCUCACGCUUCCCCGCGGAACACUGGAAUAUAUCUCCUAUAAAUUGUCUUUGAAUGGGGAAAUACGAAAAUUACGAUUAAAACGGUCUAUCGAAAUCUCUGUCUACAGUCUCCUUACAUAAACAUACCCUCUGUGCUCAGCUCCUACUCAGCCGUACAGUACAUGGCCAAAGCUAAACCUGGCCGCCGUACUCUUGAUUCCUACGCCGUGAAGCAUAUUAGCAAAACCAUCCGCCCCGGAGACUGCGUUUUGAUGAGACCUUCGGACUCGUCGAAGCCGUCGUACGUGGCGCGUGUGGAGAAGAUCGAGGCGGACAGCCGAGGCGCGAACGUUAGGGUCCACGUGAGGUGGUAUUACCGGCCAGAAGAGUCGAUCGGCGGCCGCCGGCAGUUCCACGGCUCAAAGGAGGUCUUUUUGUCCGAUCAUUCUGAUAUUCAGAGUGCUGAUACGAUAGAGGGGAAGUGUACGGUGCACAGCUUCAAAAGCUACACUAAGCUCGAUGCCGUCGGGAACGACGACUUUUUCUGUCGCUUUGAGUACAAUUCUUCUACUGGUGCCUUCAAUCCUGAUAGAGUCGCCGUGUACUGUAAAUGUGAGAUGCCUUAUAAUCCUGAUGAUCUUAUGGUUCAAUGUGAAGGAUGCAGUGACUGGUUUCAUCCAAAUUGUAUAGACAUGACCGCCGAGGAAGCGAAAAGACUAGAUCACUUUUACUGUCAUAAUUGUUCCUCUGAGGAUCAGAAGAAAUUACACAAUUCUCAUGUUUCUACUAGACAUGCCGAUGCCAAGGUGGAAACAAAACGCCGUCGCAGGUGACGCAUUUGAUGUUUGUGAAGAUGUGAGUCUGUGUACUGGAUUCCAAAUGAACACUGGGGCAGUGAUAAAGAAGAAAAUUUGUGAGCGGAUGAAACUGAUUGGAAACUCGUCAUGUCUUUUUGGUUUAAAGACAACCUUGUUUCCUCAUAAGUUCCUUCCUCUUCUGGCCUUUAUUCUCUUUCAAGUUCUCUCAUUGUAUUAUCCAACUAAUAUUUAACUUAUGUCAUAGGGCUCAGUGGAUGCUACCCACUUGGGUAGAGUUGUGAGCAGGUGGAGCAAUACCAGCAUUUCACUACAUCCAACCUACUCGCAAAUACUACCGGGAUGGGUAGCAUGCAAUUUCCCGUUUGGUAGAUGAAGGGGUCUGUGAUGUAUAGGCUUGGUGGUGAAUCGUAUCUUAUAGUAACAAGUUCACAAGUUCAGGCAUCGGCAGCAUAUAUUAGUUCAGCAUUCGUACUUAUUCACGCAUAUGCUUCCCCUUUUCUUCUCUAUUCAAGUUUCAGGAUCUGAAGCCUCUUCAACUUAAGAGUGAUUUGGAGAGGUGCCAUUCGCUUACAAAUGUUAUCAACUUGGUUUCCGGACUUGAUAAAAGCAGCUUCCUCACGGGUAAAAUUUGGCAGCGUCGUUAAGAUGAAUCAGUGGACUAGGUUUCAUGUCUCUCUUAGCGGAGAGGGCAAAUGGAAAA